AUGGAACAGAAGACCUCUUCCCACCACCAAGGCUUGACACCACCCGAUAGCCCAGCGAAGGAGUCGAAUAUGCCUCCUGCAACCUUGAAGGAUCUGAUACAUCUCUUUGGCGUUUUUCUUGAAAAUGCGCUGCUCGGUCUUACCGACCAAGAACCCCCAAACACUCCUGUCUCCCAGAACCAGUCCCCACCAGGUCUCGACGUGGUUCAAUUGAAGCAGUUGAUGGUGAAUCUCACCCGCGAUGAAUGUACUUCAGCUGAACUGUCUGUGGCAACAAAGCCUGCUCAGUCUUGUCCAACAAACAAUAAACAGGAGGAGGGCAUUCAGGUAGGAGAUGGAAUUGAUCUCGACAGUCCGAUCUGUACUACUCCGGACGAUUUCAAAUCAUUUGAAAAGUGGGCCUCCACACCCCAAUUCAAGACGGUCAUGGAAACCUGGGACAAAGAAGCUUGUAAAUACAAGAUAACAGAGCUGGUGGAGACCCGCAGUGGUCUGGACGACUAUGCUGAAUACGCAUUCAUUGUUCGUGAACGUGUUGAACGGAAUUCCGCGGAGGUGACGCCCUACAUAGACAUCAAAUCGGAAGGCCUCUGCGACACCCUGCGUGUGGUGCUGCAAGAUAUCAAAGCUAUUAGCCUCAUGGAGGACAAGCCUUCGAUCGAGCAAAAUGCCCUUUUCCAUUUCCUUCCAGAGCUCGACAUAAGUGCGCAGAACAUAGACAACAGUUCUGACCAUGACUCCUCACAUGCGAAGCAUCUCCACCUGCUCAUUGACCACCUCAAGCGCGCAUAUGAUUCUACUUUGCAGCGUCUCGAAUCAAUGUUGCAGCACGGCCAUAUUACAUAUGACCUUCUUUGGGCGCUUUUCAAGCCUGGUUGCCAUGUUUAUACCACAUGCAUCGGCACAAAAGAGCCGCGAUGUGUCGUAUUCGAUGCGGGCGAAGAGGUGACACACAAUGACGAGACGUGGUUAAAUCUCGAGUGCCGAUUCCUUGAUUAUAACGGAGUGAAGUUCGGCGAGGCCGGCAUUUUUCUGCGAGUGGCCAAGUUCCGAGGAUCAAAGCCGAUCGAGAGCCUUGAGGCCUUCCCUCUCUGCCACCAUCCAAGUCACAAGCAAGUCUGGAAAGAUUUGGUCGAGAGGGGUCAAAAGUUCCGGAAUUUGGCCGGCUCACAUUUUCGGCACUGCAAAGGCAGCGCAUUCUUUAUGAAUAAGGGCAAGGUUUUCAAAGUCAACAUUGACAGCCGAGUGGCAGUAGAUGCCGCAUUUUUCCAUAAAAUGCAGCCGAAUUACACCCGACCGUCACUCCGCGACAUUGGGGUCAAGGAUAAGGAUGGAAUUUCAGUCAUUGACAUUGGUGCAAUGCUCAUGGAGGACCGUGAGCGAGAGAAGGAAAAAAUGCGAGGAGACGGUGUGGAUGCACAAAAGCUGAGCGAGGCGGAUUUACUGGUCUCCUGCCCAACACUUUGCUGUUUCAGUUUCAAGGAGAAAAUGUUCUUGGAGUGCGCAGUCAGUGCUCUUAGGGACGUGGAUUGGUCACCGGAAUCUUUCGAUUGCUUACAGAUAGCCUCCGAGACCAAGACACUCCUCUUGUCAUUGACGAAAACCCGCCUAGGUCUGAUACCGACGGUACCGUUUGACGACGUGAUUGACGGUAAAGGUCAAGGGCUCAAUAUAUUGCUAAAUGGUCCGCCAGGCGUCGGGAAGACUUUCACCGUCGAGGCAACCUCGGAAUAUUUCAAACUCCCUCUCUACUCGAUAUCUGCAGGUGAGCUUGUUGUCGAUCAUGGGGACUCCCACGCACUUGAAUCACAACUUGAAACUAUUUUCCAAAUCGCGAAGCAUUUUAACGCUAUUCUUCUUUUGGAUGAAGCCGACGCGUUCAUGGCAAGUCGCACCGAGCUCCAUGAUAGCCAUAAUCGUCUGGUCACUGUUUUUCUCCGCAAGCUAGAGUAUUACCAGGGAUUGCUUUUCUUGACUUCAAACCGGGGUAUCCAGUUUGAUGAUGCAAUUCUGAGCCGAAUCCAUAUGACCAUUGAAUAUGAAGAUUUGACAAAAGACUUCCGCAGAGGCCUCUGGAGAACCUUUUUGUCCAAGGCCCGAACACUCCAAGGUUCUGCCGUGAUUAAGGAGGAGGACAUCCAGCGAUUGGAAUCUUUGGCUCUCAAUGGACGAGAGAUCAAAAAUAUCGCAGCAGUUGCACACGCUCUCGCUGAGGCAGAUACAACGCAAGUCAGCUAUGAACACUUGGAAUUAGCCGCGAAAUCGAACAAAAAAUUUUCCAAGGAGUUUGGCAGGCAGGGUCCUGUUGACGGAAUGUAUAUCUAA